GGUCAAUGCGCUACCCUCAAGAUUAGCUAUAUACCUGCGAAAAACGCGAAAAAAUGUGGUAUUAAUAAUCCCUUUCAGGAACAAACAAGUCCAUCUCAACAAGUGCCCAGUGCUAGUUUUUCACCACUUUACGAAGAGCUGGUUAUUCUCAAGGUGACUCUAGCUGAAGUGACCUUCCCGUCUGAAAUUCGUCAGUCUCUAGUCCUUUAUAGCGAAGCGUUGCUGAAGCUUUUCGUCCAUUUGCAAGAAUUAUGUCACAAUGAUCGGAUACAAAGCUCUAGUUUUGUGCGUUUUCUUCAACUUGGCCCGAGCUGUCCAAUUCGGAAGCGUGCCUCUGGAAGAAGUUUUGCACAUUUUGGUACCGACGCUCAAUUCGGACAACCCCCAGUGCCGAAAUGACACGAUUUUUUACGUCGAAGAGUUGAAAAAAUUGAGACUGUGGGCGACGGAAAUGUUUGAUGCUUCGUCCAAAUUCCCCACCGGCCUUUUGUCGGGCUCGACCUACGAUUUUGGAAAUUUUGACGAAUGCGUCGAAGUGAGUGGACCUGUGACCGAGGAAAAAAUACAGGGGAGGUACUGUAUGGCCAAAUUUCACAUCGCACCACCCGAUUUCAAGCAUGAGGAACAAAAAUACGCACGUUUUUUUAACGGAGAUAAUUAUUUUAUUAAUGCCUCCACGUGGGAAAAAAUGAUUGCAUUUUCGAAUAAAAGGUCUCGCAACACUAGGAACGAAUUUUUCUUUUCGUACUGCAUCCCAUCGUCUUGCACUUACGACGAUCUGGAAUCUUCGCUGAAACAAGUCACUGCGAAGUUGAAUUCUUUCAGCGAUUUCAAAGUCACGGCAAGUGUAAAUCCGCGGAAUUGUCAACUUAAACCUGAAUUAAAAUUCUCCGGUGCUGAUAUUGGUUUUACGUGCGUGGUCCUGUUUUUUAUUCUUUUAGCAUGUAUUGCCACGUCCUACGACUGGUUAAUAAAAUUGGACGAUUUAAAAAAAUAUCGACUUGAGGGAAAAAAACAUAAAGUUUUAAUGUCGUUCUCCUUAUGGUCAAACCUGAAAAAACUAAGCCAUGAAACUGAAAAUGACGAUGGGCUUCAGUGCAUCCACGGCCUAAAAGUCAUUUCCAUGUUUUUAAUUAUCAUGGGACACAGAAUCAUGUUCGGGAUUGGGUCACCGCUAAUGAACCCGAGCUUCGUCGAAAACAUGUACGGCCGAAUUGAGGCGACCGCUCUCCUCAACGGCCCUGUGAUAGUCGACACCUUUUUCAACAUUUCCGGAUUUUUGGUUUGUUAUUUAAUGCUAACCCAAUUAGAGAAGCGAAAACGCGGCAUCAACUUUCUCUUUCUCUACCUCCAUCGUUUUAUAAGACUGACCCCUGCCUAUGCUAUGGUCUUGGCUUUUUAUUGCACCCUCUUUGUAAAAAUGGGUUCCGGCCCUUUGUGGCUCGAAAGGGUUCAAGUGGAACAAGAGCGUUGCGUUGCUAGCUGGUGGGCCAAUUUAUUUUAUUUGAAUAAUUACAUCAACAAGGAACACAUUUGUAUGUUUCAGUCGUGGUACAUGACAUGCGAUAUGCACCUGUUCAUGAUCUCACCUUUCAUAAUUUGGUUAUUGAGGAAAAAACCUUUUCUAGGCCUGGUGUCUCUCUUUGUCCUUAUUGUAGCCUCAAUCUCUGUUGUUUUUGCCACCGUAUAUCUCAGCAAAGAGGACGCAAUUCUAAUGCUUUACAUGAAGUUUUUGCGAGAUCCUGUGAUUAAUAACACGUUUAAAAACAUUUACAUCCCGACUCACAUGAGGGCCAGCCCUUACUUUGUCGGAAUGGUUACGGGAUAUAUUAAAUAUGUUAUGAAGUCUCGGGAGUAUAAAAUGCCCAAAUAUAUGGUUUACAUGGGAUGGGUUAUGAGUAUUUUCAUUAUUGAAGUCACUGUUUACUCCGCCUUUAUUUUCUACUUGCCGGAUAAGCCUUACGACCCUAUUAUUUCCGCAAUUUAUUCCGCGAUGCAUCACUUCACCUGGAGCAUUUGCAUCAGUUGGAUUGUCAUUGCGAUUUCGGAGGGAUAUGGAGCUUGGGUUCAGCCAGUCCUUGAAUGGAAACCUAUGAUCCUUCUCAGCAGAAUAACAUACGCGGCGUUCCUUUGCCAUGGAGCCAUCCAGAUUUACUCAGUCGCGAUUCUAAGGCACGCAAAUUAUGCCGGCGUUUUUCAUCUCGUUUUCUACACUGCUGGUGAUAUAACGUUGGCGUACAUUGCCGGCCUACUUUUAAGCAUGUUGUUCGAGUCCCCUAUUCUAGGGCUAGAGAAAAUUAUUUUAGGCAGAGUGAACCCAUCGAGUGACAAGGAGGAAACUUGCAAGGUCUCAAAAGUUGUGACCCCAAAAAUCAAAAUAAUUAAUCAAUUUUAAAUUAAAUAAAUAAGUCUUGGUUGUACAAGAUACUUGUAAGUCUGAUUUUCGUGAUUAAUAAAUUAUUUUAAGCA